AUGCCCUCAAAGAGGAAAUUCCCCGGUGCCCGGGGCAUUGUCAGCAGUGGCCUGAUCCCCUCACUGGUCUUGAAGCUGCAGAAGGAGGAAGUCCACAUACAGGAGCUCAUCCUGGACACUCUGGCCCCGUGCCUGCAGGAGGAUGCCACAGAGGCUCUAGACAGCCAAGCUGUGCCCUGUUUUAAGGAGAAGCUCCUUAGCAACAAUUCUGAAGUCCGCAGCAAGGCAGCCCGGGCACUCAUUGCCAUCAGCAUCCCUUUGGAGGGCAAGAACCAGGUAUGGCAACAUGGCGUCAUUCCUAUCCUGGUGGGGCUGUUGUCAGACCUUGAGGAGGAGGUCCAGGCUAAUGCCGCCGGGGCCCUGAUGCAUGCGACAGUGACCACUGAAGGGAAAUAUGCAGCCCUGGACGCAGAUGCCAUCACCCCACUCCUGGAGUUGCUCUGUUCCUCAUCCACGGUCAAGGUGUGUCUGAAUGCCAUCAAAGCCCUCACCAUGCUGGCCGAAGCCCCCGAGGGCCGAAAGUUACUGCACAACCAUGUGUCCACCUUCCGUUUAUUCCAGAUGAAUAAAAAUGAGGCCAUACAGCGAGCAGCCCAAGUAGCCAUCAAAGUGAUUGAGUGGAGGCCAUGACUUUCCUUUUGGACCAGCCCUCAUAGGCUACCUCUAUGCCUUAAUAAAUGAGUUGAAUCUUCUUACGCUGGAAUCCCAGUGCCACUUUCAUGUCCCCGGAGCAGUGUCAUAGCUCUCUCCUGCCAAAGAAGA